GGUGAGGGUUGCAGGCGCCACCAUUUAAAUUCGUGAUGCCUCUCAACCGCUCUGCUUGCUGAGGUUGAGCGUCUUGUGGCAUCUCGACGUGGUGCUCCGUUGGACUGCGAGGUCGCAAAACUUUUUUUUCGUACUCCUUUUUAUCACCGACCCCUGCUUUAAAGCGAUACCGGCACCAUGCCACUGACAGAAAGAGACUGCAAAGACCUCAACAACAGCCGCGGGCAUGCACGUUCAUGCAAGACGAUGGACACCUCUGUCCUGAACACCACCACCAUCUUAUCCACCUCCAUAUUAGUCAACUCUUCAUUAAACCACUCUGCCUGCCAGGCUAACAUUUCCACAAGCAAGACGCCCUCAAAAACUCCGAGGAAGACCCCUGGCAAGCACAAUCGCAACUACAAGAACCCAUCCAAGCAGACGACACCAAUUGGUCGAAAUGGUGGGGAUCGGUUCAUACCCAACCGCCAGAAAAUGCAGUUCGAACUGGCAAAUUACGUGCUGACUAACCCAGAUAGCACUCAGGAGAACACCGAGAACACAGAAUAUCGAGCUGCACUUGAGGAGCAGCUCAACACGGACCUGGCAAACUUUCGAAUCAUGGCCUACAGUGACAAAGCCCCUCCAGCACCUGAAGGACAUAAUGGCAACAAAGUUCUCUACAGUGCUUCAAAACAACUUCCAUCGGCAAAAAAGAAUUCCAGAUUCAUACCAAAGACUGCUGAGCGCAUACUGGACUGCCCUGACAUCAGAGAUGACUUUUACCUGAACCUCAUGGACUGGUCGUCGACCAACCUUCUGGUGGUGUGCCUGAAGGGGCAGGUGUAUACCUGGAAUGCCUCGUCUGGUGAUGUGGAUCAGCUGCUGGAACUUCCUUCUCCUGCGGAUUAUGUGUGCUCGGCCUCCUGGUCUGCCGAUGGGUCAUACCUUGCCCUGGGCACCUCGGAUAGCCAGGUCCAGCUGUGGGACAUUCGUCAGCGCAAACGGCUGCGCACGCUGAUGGGGCACGCGUCGCGGGUCUGCUCGCUGUCCUGGAAUGGACACGUGCUGUCAAGUGGCGCACGGUCGGGGUUUGUACACCAUCACGAUGUGCGUGUGGCGGAGCACCACGUGGGUACUCUGUCGGCACACCAGCAGGAGGUGUGCGGUCUGCGAUGGGCGCCCGACGGCCGCAUGCUGGCCACCGGUGGCAACGACAACCUGCUGCGUGUGUGGCCCAACACCAUGAGCCACGGGGCCGUCCAGCCUUUGCACUCCUUCACUGAACAUCAGGCCGCCGUCAAGGCCAUUGCUUGGUGUCCUUGGCAGUCUAGUGUUCUGGCCAGUGGAGGUGGUACCGCUGAUCGCUGCAUUCGGUUCUGGAGCUGCAACAUGGGUACACAGCUAAACUUUAUUGACACAGGAUCACAGGUAUCCUCUCUCCUGUGGUCCAACGAGUACAAAGAAAUCAUGUCAGGUCACGGCUUCUCCAAGCAUGAACUCGGCAUAUGGAAAUACCCAUCAAUGAGGAAAGUGGCAGAUCUCACUGGGCACACUGCUCGUGUUCUCUGCAUGUGCCUCAGCCCUGAUGGAAGCAUGGUGGCAUCGGCUGGUGCCGAUGAAACACUGCGGAUAUGGAACUGCUUUGCCGUUGACCCAGCAAAGAAAAAGCAGAAGAAGCUGCACAUGGACUCAACUGCCUCAGCUAUCUUCCGGCAGAGCAUCCGCUGAGGCUUUCACAGUCUAGGUUUUAAGUAACGUCGCUGGCUUUUAUUGAGCAUAAUGGCCAUAUUGAGAUGGUGUUUCACAGUGGCAUUCUUAUGCUUUCCUUCAGCUUUUUUUUUUUCCUCUUCAUCCGUUCACCAUGGAGUUAGCAUUUGGCCAAAGCAAGCUUGUAUCAAGCAAACGAAAUUUCUAGGGGAGGUCAUAGACUAGCCAUUGACAGUUUUGUCGCUUUACCAUGUUUUCACUAUCGCCUUGUGUGACCUUAAUAAAAUAUAUUGAGCUACACUU